AUGCCGGGCGUGGGGGCGAUCGGGGCGCGGUGCAGGCACCGGCCGCGCAGGAGCCCCAGGAAAAGCCCCAAGGCAGAGCCGGGCCAGGCCGGGGCCGCCAUGGACGCGGCGAUCUGGAUCUACCAGUUCCGGCUGAUCGUGCUGGGCGACUCCACCGUGGGCAAGUCCUGCCUCUUGCACCGCUUCACCGAGGGCCGCUUCCCGGGGCCGCUGCACUCCGACCCCACCGUGGGGGUGGACUUCUUCUCCCGGCUGGUAGAGAUCGAGCCCGGCAAGAGGAUCAAGCUACAGCUCUGGGACACGGCGGGGCAGGAGCGGUUCAGAUCAAUAACACGCUCUUAUUAUCGCAAUUCUGUGGGUGGCCUACUAGUAUUUGACAUCACAAAUCGACGAUCUUUUGAGCAUGUGAAGGACUGGCUGGAAGAAGCAAAAAUGCACGUGCAGCCCUUUCAGAUUGUGUUCCUGUUAGUAGGACACAAAUGUGACUUAGUGUCACAGCGCGAGGUUACGAGAGAAGAAGCUGAAAAACUGUCAUCUGACUGUGGUAUGAAAUAUAUAGAAACUUCAGCAAAAGAUGCCACAAACGUUGAAGAGUCCUUUACAAUUCUUACACGAGAUAUCUAUGAACUUGUAAAAAAUGGAGAAAUCUCAAUACAAGAUGGAUGGGAAGGUGUCAAGAGCGGCUUUGUUCCAAAUGUUGUACAUUCAUCAGAAGAAGCUGUAAAGCCCAGGAGACAGUGCAUCUGCUGAAUUUGUAGCAUGCCAAAGAGCCCAUG